AUGUUCCGUCUGCCUAACCCGGUUCCCAGAAGCCCGUCAAACGAACUCCAUGCAAAUGACGCCUUAGCUCGAUGUCUCCAGCUGCUCACUGCCACAAGCCUGCAUGGCAUAACGAACCACCUCGAAGACACGAGGUCCUUCGAUUUUACACUUCCUCGGUCGUCAGCUGACGAGCAACGGAAGGUGCCUUUUGCACAGCAAACGUUGCGCUGCGGCCCCAAUAACACUUUGUUCAUCUUUGACUGGGAUGACACGCUGUUCCCCUCCACUUGGCUUCGCUGCGCAGGGGUCGAUCCGCUGAACCCGCUACAACUCAGGACCCUCGAUGAUCUGCCCAGACACGUACAGGACGCCUUGACAGUAUGUGAAGAAAUGGUUCUGCAGGUGUUGGAAGCAGCGCACAGUUUGGGUAUGGUAAUGGUUGUCAGCAAUGCGCAUACCCGGUGGCUCCGUCUCAGUCUCGACAAGCUGAUGCCUCGCGUCGGAGCGUUGAUGAGACAGCGGGAAGUGGCUGUGAUGAGCGCGCGGUGCGUCUGCGAAGCUGUCGGGUGCGCUGAUGCCGUCCUCUGGAAAACAGCCACUUUCGAUGCCAUUCUCGAUGCUUUCAUGCGCGGGCGCUCAUCCCGGUCUUCCCGACCCUGUCCUCGUGGGCCCUCGUCCGGCGGUGUACUGCGACUGGAAGAGAUUUCUGCAAGCCCGCAGCAUUACAGGCUUUUUCCAAGCUGGGGCGACCCACGGUAUGAACGGAUACCACACGUUUUGCAGAAUUCCCCAACAGCUGCAGUCGCCUCCAUGGCUCUGGAGGAUAGAGAUGCCAUCGUUGGACCCGCGACACCAGGCGAAGGGUCAGUGAGGACUUCCAACGGCGUCGGUCGCGGAGGCUCUGUAUGCGGUGCAUCGAGUUCACUUCACCGAGACGUGGCAGGAGGCGCCCACCAGGGCCGCGUAGACUCGGCUGAUGGCGGAGUGCUUCAGGCGAGCCGGCUGUCAAAAGCUUUGCAAACUCGAGGCGAUCGCCGCACAAAUGGUUCCACUGGACCGAAAUCAGGUGUUCGCUUUUCUCCUAGUCUGUCAAUCGCCCGACAACGGAGCAGCAGCAGCUACUGCAGCAGUUGCAGUGGAGAGAACAGCGGUUCGGACGAGGAAGGCUGUGGUCGUAUCUGUGCACAAGGAGAAUGCUCCGGGUGGAAUGGCGAAGACGACACGUUCCUGGACAGCACCCCCAUGCAGGCCGACAGCUUCUAUAACAUUCUUGCCGUCGGUGACCAAGCUCACGACAGAUUUGCCUUCUUUACAGCGGCGCAGAACGUUCUUCAGCGCCGUAAAGCAGAAGCAUGCCAACACCUACAAGCGGACCAGCAUACGCCUGAGCAGGAGCCUCGAUUCCUGGAACUGGAUACAUUCACCGCUUCCUCAUACGCGACUGUACCUCCCGUCGUUGUCGCUUCGUCUACGGGCACGAGCUGUUUAGGGCAGGACCUCGCUGUAGAGCCGCCCAGCCUGCUCGAUACUCAGUUUGAAGUCGUUAUUGACUUCGACAACGCGGGGCUGCAGCGGCAAGUCCGGCAGUUGCAGGCUCUGCAGCAGAAGCAUUUCCCGCUCCCUCUGUGCCAGCAGCUGCAACCGUUAGCGUCUUUCGCGCAGCAGACCUCUGCGGUCAGUGAGCGUCUUCAGUGGCACUUUCGCUGGCCCACAUCCCCUCUCCUGUCUCAUGCCCCAGAGACCCUCCUCCUGCGUCGGCUUAGCCACACGAGUAGCGACAGCCGGUCGGCGACUGACGAUCGAGACGGUGGCGGUGCGGAUGAACUGCCGGCCAGGGGGGAACUUCCGUUUCCCGAAAACUCUACACAAGCCGGUCAGUGGAAUUCAGCGGGCGAUGCAGCCGAAGCUAAAGCGACACCACGUAGCGGUGCUCGCCGAGCGAGAAAGCGGCAGGUUCGCAGACCAGGGCCGCGGAGCCACGGCGGCGUCACGAGGCCUUCCGCCGAUCUGCGACUUCGGAAGGCCGCUGCAGACGCAAUGCAGGGAGCCGACUGCGAGAGGAAAGUGUUGGAACGCGGACAGCAGACCGAUGAACAGAAAGGCGGUCGUGCCGGCGGUGACUUCCCUCCGCAGACGAGGGCCUCCACAGGAGUGGGUGACGGAUCUCAGCCUGUAUACGCUAAGAGCAUCCGUCUGAUGGCAGGGCCGUCAGCUGCGGAACUGAGCCAGCAACUGGGCGUCCUUUUGAGCUCUCUCCGGCGCUUAGCAGAGUCGCCUUCUUUCCACGACUUGCAAAUGCAAAACGAGGGCAUCCCGCCUCCUCACAGUGCAUCUUCCACACCUUCCAGAUCCAAAACACCCACCGAACGGGGAAACGCCGCUUCUGUGGCAUCGGCGGCUUCAGCAGCGGCCAUGGCUGCAGCUGUCGCAGCAGCAAGCGCAGCAGCCACGGCAGCAGCGGCGGCUCAAGGGGCAGCGACGCCUAGAGGGGCUUUUUCUGCUCCUGUUGAGGCAGUCUUUGCUGCGUCAGCUGCUGCUCGCGCAGCCGCGACGGCGGCAGCAACUGCUGCUGACGCAUUCGCAGCCACUGCAGCAGAGAGGUGUGUGGAGGCUGCCGUUAACACUGGCCUAAUCCCUCUUCCCCCAGAGGCGAACGAACAAACACGUAAACGGCAGGAAUUAGGCGAUCUGGCGCAGAGGACACAUCUUGCCAAGUACUUCAACGAGUGGCGCCGCCUCGUUGCUCACGGAAACAAGGCCACCGAACUCAAAAAUGGAAACCACCCUGACACCGUGCCAAACGCUCCACGUGAAGAACAGGGGGAAGGGGGUCAGGCCCAGCGACUCACAUCCCACAGGCCGAACGAACUGGACGACUCAUCGCACGGCGGGUGUGACAUCGCUCACAGUGAAGGCAAUUUUGAGGAAGACAUGGACGCAUUUGGGGCAGCUGAGGAGGAGAAAUUAAUGCGGGUGAAGUGCUUUCACCGGGGCUCCCCAAAGCGACGGAUGACGACGCGCCGCUAG